AGGGUUAAGAAGAGUAAGAGAUGCAGUUAAACACUGAAAGCAUUGCAAAACGCAUGUGGCUUUGACCAUAUUACGACUUGGAACUUGGAGGUUUGGGAAAGGUCAAACGGCAACUCUCUCCUCUAUCCUUCCCAGCCCUAAUCCUGUCUCUGCUUCCACUUUCGAAGCGGUAGCUACCACUGUACUCAUCCACUAACACCAAUUCCAAACAAUCCUUUCACUCUCAAUUCAAUUUUCAAGGUUUUACAUUCUCGCUCCUCACUUUCUUUUCCACUGCACUCUCAGCCACUGUUCUUCAUCAAUUCCGCGCUUUCAGCUUCCUCCACUGUUGCUCCAACUAUCUAUUUCAACUUUCAUACUCAAGGUUCCUCCUCUAUUGCUCUGCCAAUUGAUUUCAAGUAGCAGAACUUUCUUUCCCAUUGGUGAUAAUUUGGGGAGGCAUCAUGCCAGCGGUGCGGUGUUUUAUUCCUGAAGACACCGUAAAUCAGAAACUACAUAUAGAAAGGAAGCUUGGUAGUGUCAAAGCACGGAAGUAUUUUGAUCUGCUGCAGAGAUUUCUGAGUCUCAAAAUUAGCAAAAGUGAAUUUGAUAGGACUUGCAUAGCAACCAUCGGGAGAGAAAAUGUUCCUCUUCAUAAUCAUUUGCUCAAGUCAAUCCUGAGAAAAGCUUGUCUCUCCAAGACAAUUGGGUCAAGAGAAAGCAAAAUAGUAAGUUCUUUCAAUGUGAAAACAUCAAAUGGGUGUAGCAAUCUUCAAUUUCUGUGCAAGGACUUUCCACAAUCUCCUCGAAAAGGCAGGACUCCAAAUUUGCGUGAUCGCAGAUACAGGGACCGACCCAGCCCUCUUGGUCCUCAUGGAAAGAACAACAUUGGAUGUGAGGAUUCAGUCUUAAAAAAUCAUGAGCAGCAGAGCAUUGCCGAUCUACAGUCCCCAGGGAGUAGACUUGCUCUUCCAGUGGAAAAUGAGGAGGAGGUUGAUCAGGACUCUGAAAUCAUGAACCUUUACAAAAGGGGUCCUAUUGAAGCACCUCUGGCUAUUCCAACUUACAACAGAAGACCACAAAGAUAUUUAUCCCAAGGAUUAUUGCUUGGUACUUUAAGUGAUACCUGUCAAAACAUUGGUCAGUUACCAGAUACAUCUUCUUUAACCAAAAGGUUGGAACAGAAAUUGGAAACAGAAGGAUGUAAGAUUUCCAUGGAUGCAGCCAACUUGUUAAAUAAUGCACUUGAUCUUUAUCUCAAAAGAUUGAUAAAGCCGUGUUUGGAUUUAGCUGCUUCAAAGUCUGUAAAUAAGUUCAGUGCUUCAAUCCAACCUAGUUUGAAGGAGCUACCAAUGAGAAGGGGUGUGCAAAGGCAAUUUGGAUCUGCUUCUGUAUCUCUAUCUGACUUUAGAGCAGCAAUGGAGUUGAAUCCUACUCUGUUAGGGAAAGAUUGGCCUCUAAAUUUAGAGAAGGUUGGCCUAUGUGAAUCAGAGGAAUGAUGCAAGACAGGUUCAAUACCGCCGGCUAUAAAAUUCAAUUCCCCUUGAAGUGAUGAUAUUGGAAUAGGGUAAGUCUACUCUAAUCUAAUAUUUGAUUUUUCACUCAACAUUGCUGACAUACUUUAGUGGAAAUGUGAGAAGUUUUGAUCUGGUGACUACAAGCUGUAUAGGUUUCAGUGCUGACAAAUUUAGUUUGGGACAUUAUGACGAGUUAAAUUUAAAAAUUAUUACCACAAGAAUAAAGCUUACUGAAUAGAUGAGAUCCCUUUUUGAUAUAGUUAGGUUACGUCUUCAUUGUAUCGAGUUUUUAUUUUUAUUUUUUGGUGUAAAGCUCAUUUUCAAUCAUUUCAUUCCAAACAUUUCGUUUUGUUCCAAGUUCUGAAUAUAAUUAAUGUAUGCGUGACUAUAGCAUCUUGUGUGUUCAUUUGUACAAAGGUUCUAGUAUGUUUCAAAAACAUUGCAAAUUGGUCUUCAUAUGAGCAA